AUGAACCUACCAGCGAAUAACAUCAACAACUCAAACCAACAACAACAACAACAACAACAACAACAACAACAUCAGUACUACACCAACAACACCAACUAUCAUCAAAACCUAAACCAGUCCUCAUCUCACUCCUCAUCUCAAGCACCCUCAACCGAACAGUACUAUGGAUCCCGAUCAGCUAGCAGAACCUCAAGCCAUCCACAGCACCCAUCAGCAACUCAAACCGAUCAGAUCGGAUUCAGAAGACUCAUCCCAGGCUCAGCCCACCUCUUCCCAAUCCUACACGACACUCCUGUCGAGCGCAGGGUAAACCCAUACGACGGUACAUUCAUCUCCCCCCUCAGUGCUCUGACCAUCCAUCUAGCGGAUACCUACAGACUCGUCAACCCAGCAUUCCGCUACGAACUCAGUCUGAACCCAAGGAGAGUACUCACCAAACCAUCCAAACCGGCGGGUAAUAACGGAUUAGAUAACGAAGACUCUGAUUAUAUUCUAUACGUCAACGAUAUCCUAGGCGGCAGUCCUUCCUCAACAACAACCGAUCCAAACCAAUUACAACUACUCCAGCAGCAGCAACACCAGCAGCAGCAACAGGAUCCAAACCAUCAGAUCAGAUCAAUCAGAUCAUCAGCCAGUCACAAGUAUCUGAUCUUAGACGUACUCGGCCAGGGCACUUUCGGCCAGGUCGUCAAAUGUCAAGAUAUGAAGACUCACCAAGUGGUCGCCGUCAAGGUCGUCAAGAAUAAACAGGCUUACUUCAGUCAGAGUAUGAUGGAGGUUACCAUCCUAGAAUUACUCAAUAACACCUGGGAUCCUGAGAACAAACAUCACAUCCUUCGAAUGAAGGAUACCUUCAUUCACCACAACCAUCUCUGUCUAGUCUUCGAACUACUCUCCUCAAACCUAUACGAACUCAUCAAACAGAACUCAUUCAGAGGACUCAGUACCAGUCUCGUCAGAGUAUUCACCAACCAACUACUCGAUGCAUUAACUGUCCUCAACGAGGCUCAUCUCAUCCACUGCGAUCUCAAACCAGAGAACAUCCUAUUAACCUCGCUCUCAUCCCCAGAGAUCAAAGUCAUCGACUUUGGUUCGGCCUGUCACGAACGUCAAACCGUCUAUACUUACAUCCAAUCCAGGUUUUAUCGUUCUCCUGAAGUCAUCUUGGGCCUACCUUACUCGUCUGCAAUCGACAUGUGGUCAUUGGGUUGUAUAUGUGUCGAGCUCUUUUUGGGUUUACCGUUGUUUCCCGGAACAUCUGAAUAUAACCAGAUCACGAGGAUUGUUGAAAUGCUGGGAAUGCCGCCUUCGUAUAUGCUGGACGUUGGACGACAAACCACUCAAUUUUUUGACGUGAUCGAAGACACUUUUAACGGCGCUCGAAAGGUCUACAAGCUCAAAAGCUUGGAACAAUAUUCCAAGGAGCACAAUGUUGCCGAGCAACCUAGCAAGCGAUACUUUCAACAAAACACACUAGAAGACAUCAUCAGUCAAUAUCCGGUGAUUCGCAAAGGCAUGAAACCAGCCGAUCUCGAGAAAGAAAAGCAAAACCGGAUUGCUUUCAUUGACUUUGUUAAAGGUCUUCUGAACAUCAAUCCAAUCGAAAGGUGGUCUCCUCAGCAAGCUCGGUUACAUCCUUUUAUCUUGGGGGAACCUCUUCGCGAGCCCUAUAUCCCUAUGAAGUCUGGAUUUGUUUCAAAUCCUGGAGGUGAUAGAGUCAUGGAGCUCGCCCAAAAAGGGUAUGGCCACUCACCCAUAGACCCCCAAGCUUCUCCCCAAACCGCUGGUGGCGCUGGCUCAAACGAUCUGUCCAAACGUCCUUACGGUGGCCUCCCUGCGGCACCUGUCCGAUCCGGACAAAAGGUUUAUGAUGCCGCCGCCUACUCCCAACUACAAGCCCAGCAGCAAGUCAUCAACGCACAGGCAGCCGCAAUGCGUCAACAUCAGGUCCAAGCUGCUCAGCAAAGUCAGAAUCCCUAUGCGCUACCUCAGGACAAUCGUUCCAAUCUUACUCAACUACCUCCCCAAUCAAAUCAUCAGCAACAACCCCCAAACUCCGCACCUGCCCUUACGCAUCAACUACCACCUCAAUACGCUUCCAAUCGUGUGGCACUGUCUCACCCACCUCAACCUACCUCCCUCGCCACCAGCUCAUCAGCUGCCAUAAACAUCCCACAUUCUUACUAUAGUACACGCGGGGCUGGUGGUAGUGGAUUCUCAGGACCAUUGACAACGGGUAGCAUAGCUGGUCCUCAAAUGCAACCGCUCAUGUCACACAAUCAAAUGAUUUACAACCCGAUCCUCAACCCGAGUGGAUCGACCAAUCCUUCCAGUCACGUCCGAACUUCUUCAGGCUCUCGACAACGGUCCGGAACGCUAGAUCAGAUGGACAUUGUCCCUCCCCAGUUACAAAAGGUCCAAGUCGAUCUGGCCAAUUAUUCUGGACAGAGCGUCACCCCCGUCCUCAGGCGGGACGACCAAUAUCUGGCCUGGGAGCAGAGACAACAACACGGCAUUGGCGCUGCGAAUUCGACUGGGAUUCCCGGGAAUAGUGGCCUCACUCGUAGGGCUAGCUAUCGGGCGAACCCUCAAUUGGAUUAUUUGCACGAGCAGACUUACUUUUGAUGAUCCUUUUUGCUCACGUUCCCCUCUUUCUUCUUCCAAAAAAUUUCAACAUCUCCACUCACUCUCCAUCUCCCAACUUUUCCUCCAAAAUACUUACCCCUUCCAAAAAAAAACGAAAACUCAACCUAAAUCCACAAAAAAAUCUUCUGAAACGAUGAAAAAUAUGAAACAUCAAAAAAAAAACUUGAAUGGAAAACUUCGUACUCGGUAUUUUUCAUCCCAUGGUUCAUGAUUGGCCGACAUAUUCUGAACUCUCGAUUGGACUUGUAUGGUUGAUUGGGAAAAAUCUGUCCCAACCAAACCAGGCGGAGUCGAACGAUGCAUGGAGUUCAAGCCAUCGAGGACAAGGG